GACAUACAAAACCUUGAAAAAAUCUGGGAUGACAAAGUACUAGGGUAGAGCAGAGGUUUUAUAGAGUCGUCAUCUUCAACCUCUUCAGCUCAAUUCUGCUCUCUCUCUACUCUCUCUCCUCUACAGAUAUCGGACGCCAGCGACCCUGGCUUCCAUAGCUUCCUUCUCUCCGAGCCCAAGAGCUCAAUUCCACUCCCCAUGGAAGAAACCCGCCAAAAAUCUCCAAUACCUAAAAAAUCCCCUCAUAACCCCUAACAACAACUCUCUGUCCAUCCCAAACCCUAACAACAAAAUUCUAAGCUCUUCUUCUUCCUUCCCUUGUUACCUCAAAUUACCUUCACUGACUGCUUCAGUUCCCUCCCCCUUACGCCCCGUGUCCGAUUCCACCGAUGAGAGUUUCGUCGAAAACCCUAAGGGUUUCGAUUCUUCCGACCAAAUCCCAAAUGGGUUUCCUAAUUUGAAGCAAACUCCAAAUGGGUUUGUGAAUUUGAAGCCAAUUCCUAUUGGGUUGGAGGAUUUGCAGACAAUUCCAAAUGGGUUUGAUCGAAUUUCAACCGGAGAAUCGGUUAGUAGAGUAUUUAUUGAAGACCCGCCUUGGAUUAGGUCUCUACUUACAAAGGUUUUCGACAAGAAGGCCGAAAGAAUGCCGAAAUUGGAAAAGGUAGAAGUUGGUAGGAAGAAGUAUUCUGUGCUGAUGAGGAGACAGAUUAAGGCAGAGACCGAGGCAUGGGAAAAGAUGGUGCAUGAGUACAAGGAGUUGGAGAGAGUCAUGUGUGAGAAACAGUUGGCACCCAACUUGCCUUACGUGAAGAAGCUGUUUUUGGGUUGGUUUGAGCCUUUAAGGGCAGCAAUUGCGGAAGAACAGAGGACGCACGAGUUGCAAAAGAGUCGUGGGCCGAAGUGGGCGCCGUUUAUGGGCUUGUUAACGGCUGACAAGAUGGCGGUUAUUGUGAUGCACAAGAUGAUGGCUACGUUGUUGAGUGGACAGCAGGGCCACGCGGUUCCAGUUGCUCACGCCGCCAUUCAGGUUGGCGCUGGGAUUGAGCAGGAGGUUACGAUACAUAGUUUCUUGGAGAAAACCGAGAUGUCCCAGAGCCAGAAGGCUGUAGGUCCAACUGAAGAAGGCUUUUGUCAGGAUGAUGAGCUACUAAGGAAACGCAUAAAAGGUCUGAUCAAAAGGAGAAAGCUAACAGAGGUUCAAAAGCUGGUGAAAGAUGAAGAAAUUAAGCCUUGGGGUCGUGACAUGCAAGCUAAGCUGGGAUGUCGUUUGAUACAGUUAUUGAUGGAGACAGCUUAUGUACAGGCUACAGUUGACCAGUCAGAAGACAGUCCACCUGAUAUUCGACCUGCAUUUUUCCAUGCAUACAGAAGUUCUCAUUAUCCUCGGAAGAAAAUUGGGAAGAGGUAUGGAGUUAUACAGUGUGAUCCCCUAGUCCUCGCAGGACUCGAAGGAACUCCUAAGCAUACAGUCAUUCCUUACAUGCCGAUGUUGGUACCUCCAAAGAAAUGGAAACGGUAUGACAGAGGCGGGUACUUCUUCUUACCUUCUUAUCUUAUCCGUACUCAUGGAUCUAAGCCGCAACAAGAUGCUGUUAAGAACACUGCAGCGAAACAAAUGCAGAAAAUAUAUGAGGCCUUGGAUACCCUUGGAAAUACCAAGUGGAGAAUAAACAAAAGAGUUCUGAGCGUGAUGGAGAGCAUUUGGGCUGGAGGUGGCAACACUGGCGGCCUGGUUGAUCGCAAAGAUGUUCCUAUACCUGAGAAGCCAGAGUCAGAGGAUGUUACUGAAAUAAAAAAAUGGAAAUUGAUUAUGAGAAAGGCAAAAAAAGUAAAUCGAGAGUUGCAUUCUCAAAGAUGUGAUACAGAACUCAAGCUUUCAGUUGCUGCCCAAAUGAAGGACGAGGAUGGGUUUUACUAUCCCCACAGUUUGGAUUUCCGGGGGCGUGCUUACCCUAUGCAUUCACAUUUGAACCAUCUGAAUUCGGAUAUCUGUCGAGGAGUUCUUGAGUUUGCGGAAGGGCGACCAUUAGGAAAGUCUGGGUUAAGAUGGCUGAAGAUACAUUUAGCAAACCUUUAUGGAGAUGGUGUUGAAAAGCUUUCAUAUGAGGGACGCCUAGCAUUUGUGGAAAACAAUCUGGAAAAUGUACUUGAUUCUGCUGACAACCCACUUAAUGGAAGUCAGUGGUGGUUGACUGCUGAGGAUCCCUUUCAGUGUUUAGCAGCUUGUAUUAGUCUCUCAGAAGCAUUAACAAGCUCCGCACCACAUACUGUCAUCUCCCACCUGCCUAUUCAUCAGGAUGGUUCAUGCAAUGGCCUACAGCAUUAUGCAGCCUUGGGAAGAGAUUCUGUUGGAGCUGCUGCAGUUAACUUAGUAGCUGGAGAAAAACCUGAUGAUGUUUACUCUGAAAUUGCUGCAAGGGUUCAUGAUAUCAUGAAAAGGGACAGCAAUGAGGAUCCUGCAACUAAUCCGAAUGCUAUACUAGCCAAGGCCUUAGUAGGACAGGUGGACAGGAAACUGGUGAAACAGACAGUGAUGACUUCAGUAUAUGGUGUUACUUUUGUUGGAGCGCGAGAGCAGAUCAAAAGAAGAUUACAGGAGAAAGGUCAAAUUAGUGACGAUCGCCUGCUGUUUAAGGCUGCUAGCUAUGCUGCGAAAGUGACGAUGGCUGCCCUUGAGGAGAUAUUUGAUGCUGCACGAGGCAUAAUGAGUUGGCUUGGUGAUUGUGCAAAAGUUAUUGCUUCACAAAACCAACCUGUGCGGUGGACAACUCCUCUUGGUCUUCCAGUUGUGCAACCUUACUUCAAAACAAAACAGCAUUCUGUUACAACAACACUACAGACUUUGAGUUUGAAGCGAGACGGUACCUCUGUUCAGAUAAGAAAACAGAAAACUGCAUUUCCUCCAAAUUUUGUGCACUCGCUUGAUGGUUCACACAUGAUGAUGACAGCUGUUGCAUGCAGGGAUGCUGGAUUGCAUUUCGCCGGGGUGCACGACUCUUUCUGGACGCAUGCAUGCGACGUUGAUAAGAUGAAUAGAAUCCUCAGGCAAAAGUUUGUGGAGCUAUAUAGCAUCCCGAUUCUUGAGAAUUUGCUCACAAGCUUCCAGAAAGAAUAUCCGGAGUUGACAUUUCCGUCCCUCCCAGAUAGAGGCGACUUCGACUUGCAAGAAGUUAUUGAUUCUCCAUACUUCUUCAAUUGACUGUCCACAGAGGUGCUGCAUUCUUUGUAACUUGGCUGAAGUGUCAAAGUGUCAAAGACUCGGCUGAAGUGGUAUUCCCAGAAAUGGGGGCUGAUCUUACUAGACGGCAUGUAAGUUGGAAUUGAAAUCUCUGGUUUCACUCCAAUGAAUUUGUUGUGGGCAUGGAAUUUGAUGUCUGCAAUUGCGAUGGGACUUGGCAAAUUUGUUGUCAUUCAUGGAUUAAGGGUAUGAAACUGGAAAAAUACCCUAGUCAUAGGGAAAAAAUUGAUCAGAACUCGAGCAGUGGGAUUCCAGUAGUCGGAACCUCGUAUCUCUUCAGUUCCACUGAUUUCAGGAAAAUAACGAAAGGGUAAUGGUUGACGGCACAGAUUCAUUACAAUAGCUGAUUGAUCAUGGCGGUAAAAUUGGUGUACAAUUUUGUGCUCACCAGUUGAUUCAUUUUUGUAGUAUGUGGUAUAGAACAGGGGAUUGUAACAGGGUAGAUGUAUCCAUGUUUUGUAUUGUGUAUAUUAUGAGCCUUAGAGAAAUUUCAAACGGUAUUUCAUAAAUGUUGCUGGUUAUAGGAGAACAAUAAAGACUUCAAUUGAUGAAAAUGUGUUUA